CGCACGCUACGCCAUGGCGCCCUCGGUCUCGCUCUCUGACGACUCUCUCAGCAACGUCCUGCGACCUGUGCUCGUCGGCACCUUUCUCUCGUGCUGCCUGUGCGGCGUCAUCCUCUGCAUCGCCUGCCUCUACUUCAAGCACUUCCCUCGAGACCGCGGCGUCCUCAGGGCGCUCGUCCUCUUCCUCACCCUGUCGUCGAUAGCCGUCACGGCGACGUGCUCGGCCUGGACCUGGAUGAUCAGCGGCAAGGAGAUCACCUCGACCGACGACCUCAUGCCCCUCGUGCCGUCCUUCAUCUUCUUCCUCGUCGUCAGAGGACUCACGGUCUGUGUCACCCAGCUGUGGUACGCGUGGCGCUGCUGGGUCAUGGGCGGCCGCAAGCGGUGGUGGGUCCCGGGCUUGAUCGCGGUCGGGUCGGUCGCCGCCUAUGGGUGCAUCAUCUUCCUCACGACGCAAAUCUCGCCAAACAAGGUCCUGAACGACUUUAUGACGGUCGCGAUCGUCACUUUUGGGUGGCUCGUCCUGCUCCUGCUCGUCGACCUCGCCAUCACGCACGUCCCGCUCUCUCUUCCUCCUCUCGAGGCACUCCUGACGGGGUCGCCUUUCUCGAUACGCAGGAUCGACACGUUCUGGUACCUCGUGUGGAAGCCGAGGAAAGAGCACGCCGGGAUCGUGCUCAACGACUCACGCUUGAGGCAGCUCGCAGGCCUCGCCGCCAAGACAAACGCGGUCGGCCUGCUCGUCCAGGUCAUCAUCAUUGUCCUCCUCUUUGCGUCGCCCGGCAAGUUCAUCUACGCCGUGCCAGCCAUGCUCGAGAGCAUGCUCUACUCGGGCUCGGUCAUCGUCUCUCUCCUCGCCCGCGACAACCCUCGCGGCGUGUCCUUCUCCAAGUACUCGCUCACGACCGGCGCAGCCCGCUCCCAAGGGGCCCAGCCGACGCCCAUCAACUCGAUGCUCCAGACCUCGACGUCGCGCACGAUCGCGCUCGACCAGGCGCAGCAGCGCCGCAAGCGGUCCGAGGCGACGACGGCCGUCGGGACGCUCGGGCCGUGCUACGAGCGCGACAUGGAUCCGGCGUGCGACGUGGACGACUGCGACGACGACGAGCAGGGCGUGCAGAGCAGCGAGGCGCUGAGCGCGAGCACGUCGGACGACGUCAUGGGCGAGAAGAGCUGCGGCGCGGGCGAGCAGGAGGUCGACAUUGCCGAGCUGGACCGGGUUGCGCAGGAGGACGACGAGGGCGCGCCUCGGACGGCGCCGACGGGCGACGACGUCGUCUGACUCGCAAGUGGGGCGACGAGCUUGAUACGAUACGCGACAUGCCGACGAGUCACUGGAACAGCUGUACACUUUCUCUCUCUCCUC